AUGUCAAACAUUAUGAAUAAACUAAUUUGGACGGCGCUUGCGCAAGCGUAGCAAUGAUCUGCGUGUGUUUACCCGGAAGUGCACGUCAUCAAACGUGCAAUGUUUAUAAUUUUCCAACGUGGGAUGAGGAAACAAACAAUUCAAAAUAUGAAUUGGCCGUUUUUGAUGACUACUAAGAUGUACGUUGUCAUUUAAAUUUCAGUUUCCUUACAAGCUUACCGCUGUUUCAUUUUCAUUUGUCGUCGAAGAAACUAACUAACUAACUAGCUAGCUAGCUAGCAAACGAUGGACGAAAUCGACUGGGGAUUGGCGCUGGAGGAGGACAUGGCGCGCGAAACCUCCGCCACGGGAAACCCUGAGCAGCAAUACAACCCCUGGUCCAACCAGUCCAACCCCUGGUCCGAGCCUGGCUACACCUCGGAAUCUGUAGGGGAGCUGGACAAGCUGGCCUCGGGAGAUGGACAGCAUGUCACUCACAUGAAGAAGCAGCAAGGCGUUCAGACAGACGCCUGGACAGCAGACAAAGAUGUUAACACCGAUCUGGAUUGGGAGUCACUGAUGCGGUCAGUGGAUGAGUACAGCACCCACCUAGCCAUGCAGUAUGAGGAGCUGAUGAAGCACCAGGAGGAGGAUGAGGCUGAUCAUGGCAGCCAAGUAGACAGUCUGGUGCAGAAGAAGGAUGAGGGGGUCCACCAGCAGCAGGCGCUGCUGGACAAAAUUGAGUCCCUGCAUGUGAAGCUUCAGCUGAACUGCUGCAAGACCACCCGCAAGAACUUUGCGGUCAAGAAGCAGGAGCUCAGCAUGGAGAAAAGCAAAAUGGAGGAGGAGAGGAACAGACUGUCUCAGGAGCUGGAGGAGACCACCAGGAAGCUGGCUUUGCUGAUAGAGGAGCAGAACCAGGAGAAGCUGAUGUGGGAGCGGGAGCUAGCAGACCUGAACACUGAGAUGGAGCGUCUACAGGAGGAGUCAGAGGAGACCACACAGAGAGCUCUACAGGAGGAGAUUGCAGCUCUGGAAAUGCAGAGAGAUGUGACCAUGUCUGAGGUGGACGACUGGCUGAAAGAGGCUGACCAAUACAUAAACACACUUGGGUUAGACUCCUCCCAACAGCAGCACAUGCACCACAGGCUGGAGUGGGAGAAUAAUGUGGCUGUGGUUCACAGCAGUUUGGCGGGACUACAGAAUCAGUUCAAGGAUUACCUUCACUUGCUGCAACAGGGCCAACCAAUGGAAAGCCUCCCUGGAAUCACAUUACCACCCUUACCCCAGGUUCCCAUGAUGGGCCCUCCUAAAGCCAUGGGGAUGACCUUCACAUCCCAGCAGCACCACCGUGCUGCUUUCACAGCCCCAGCCAGAGUAACCCCGCCACCUGCCCCCUCCUCCACUCCCCCUGCCUCUGCUCUAGCCCAACACCCAGCCGCCCCACCUGUCUCCCAGUCCACCACUACCAUGACCUCCGCCCAGUCCCUGCCCUCCAAUAACCCCCCCACUGCUGGCAAACUGGACAAUCUGCUGAAGAGACUGGGAGACAGAUUUCCACAGUGCAACAGAACCCAGCUUAUGUCAGUUCUGCAGCAGAUUAAGAAUUCUCGGGGCACCAUGGCUGGCAUGUCUAUUGAUGACGUCAUAAAGCAGGUGGCACAGAGACUGGCACAAAAUGAGAAACCGGCACCAGGGCCUAUCAGGCCUCCCUCUGCAGACAGGGGCGUUCCUGGCUACCCAGACCCAAUCCAGCGCCCUCCAGGACCCAUCCAGAGACCCACACAUCCCCCUCAGAAACCUGCAGUGACCCAGGUCUUCCAGACCAGGCCCCCACAGCCUGUGGCUGUCAGUAAUCGUAAGCUGUGCUUGAUGUGCCAGAAACACUUGGAAGCAGACAGCCAGCACCCCAUGAGCUGCGCACACACUGUACAUAAGGAUUGCAUCAGUGUAUGGCUGCAGUCGAGCAAGUACAAUGCCUGUCCCUUCUGUCCAGCAAAGUGAGAGGAGUAGCCGAUAAGACCGAACGGAGAACACAACAGAAGACAUGAAGGGAAAGAGGAACACUGAUAACGAUCUGGUCAGCUUCACAGAACUGAAGUGGGAGAUGGUGGAAUAUGAUUCUCACCUACACAGAGCAGUCAUGGUGACUUAUUACUAUUCACCUAUGUGACACAAUAAACACAAGUCAUUCAUAUUAUUCAUCCCUAUAUCUAGACUUGACUUUAUGUAAAUCAUUUAGUACAUCUUGUUAAAACAACUGCAGUGAUAAUCUGGCACUGACCAGAACUUUAUUUUCUCCCUUUUUUUUAAACAUUCCUGAUUUAACCCAUAGGGAUAUCAUGUUUGUUAUGUAUGCCCUUUUGAACAAGCAGUGUGUUUCUUGUCAAAUAUACCUCUGAUACCCUCUGACAUAAUUAUAUCAACUGUUACAUGCAUGUUAUUUCUAACUACCAAGCAUUUUCUAUAUUUUAUAAUGUUUCUAACUUCCACGAUUCUGUGUAAAAUGUUUUUUUUCUAUGUCUAAAAAUACACUAAAGUGUUAUGUUAAUAAGUGCCUUACUAAAAGUCACAUGAAUUAUGACUCAUUGAACUUAACUUGUUUGAAUGAGCAGGAAAUACUUCAGUGGAAGGGAAAUGGCAAUAACUAUUUUGACUUUAAUUAACAUAUGUGAUGAAAGAGAACGAUAAAAUAAAACCAUUACACCAGUA